CCUCCAGAGUAGAAACGGAGUUUGGGAAACUUUGGUCCGGUCGAUGUGACGGGGUCAGGCGUGCUGAUGAGGUGAACCUCGAGGUUGGAACAUGGGCCUUCUGGUGAGGAUCCGGAAGGAGUGGUUCAUCCUCGGGAUAGUGCUGGUUAUCAUAUCGGCCAAACUGCAGCCCAGCGUCGGCGUCAAAGGAGGUCCACUAAAGCCAGAGUUCACCAUAACGUACGUCGCCGUCUCGCUCAUCUUCUUCAACAGUGGCCUGUCGCUGAAAACAGAGGAGCUGACCAGCGCGUUGCUUCACGUGCGCCUCCACCUGUUUGUCCAGUCAUUCACACUGAUUUUCUUCCCGCUGGCCAUCUGGCUGCUGCUCAAAGUGCUCGUGCUCACCGCCAUCGACCAAUGGCUGCUCAAGGGCUUACAGACGGUGAGCUGCAUGCCCCCGCCCGUCUCCUCUGCUGUUAUUCUCACCAAGGCUGUCGGAGGCAACGAGGCUGCUGCCAUCUUCAACUCAGCGUUUGGAAGCUUCUUGGGAAUCAUUGUGACGCCGCUGCUGCUGCUGCUGUUUCUUGGCUCUUCAUCCUCCGUUCCCUUCUCCUCCAUCUUCUCUCAGCUCUUCAUGACCGUCGUGGUGCCUCUGAUCCUGGGUCAGGUGUGUCGAGGUUUCCUCAGGGAGUGUCUGGAGCACAGGAAGCCGCCAUUCGGCACCAUCAGCAGCGCCGUCCUCCUCAUGAUCAUCUACACCACCUUCUGUGACACCUUCAGUAACCCCAACAUCGAGCUGGACCCCACCAGUCUGCUGCUGGUCGUCCUCAUCAUUUUCUCCGUCCAAGUCGGCUUCAUGCUGCUGACGUUUGUGGUUUCUACCAGGCCUGGCUCAGGUUUCAGCUCUGCAGACACUGUCGCCAUCAUGUUCUGCUCCACACACAAAUCACUGACUCUGGGUAUCCCUAUGCUGAAGAUCGUGUUUGAGGGCUACGAGCAUCUCUCUCUGAUCUCAGUCCCGCUAUUGAUCUACCAUCCGGCUCAGAUCCUGCUUGGCUCCGUCCUCAUCCCGACCAUCCGCAGCUGGAUGACCACCCGGCAGAAGGCGGUGAAACUGUUGUACGUUCAGCCCGUCUGACAAGGAUGGUGUUUGUACUUUGAUGCAAAGUGGACUAAGAUGGAGGGAACAGUAGUCGUACAGUAUGUGCCUUAUUACAGCCAAACAACAGAGACCUCAGCGUGGUGGAGUGGACAAGGCUCGCUAUUUAGACAAAAAAACUCCUGUUUCAUAUGUCAGUCACAUGUUCUUUUAUAUUUAAAAGAAGAAAAUGUUUUAUUUUUUAUGGAAUACCUAAAAAUUCCUGCAGAAGGAGGACAGCUGUUUUGUUUCUUUGUUUUUUAACAGUGGGAAUAUUUAGUUUGAAACUUGCACCUACCAGCAAGAAAAAGAAAUGGUGGUGUUACUGGGACCGUUCUUUUUUUCAUUUUGUUGCUAUUUUCUACAUUUUUCUACUCUUGGCUGUCACUGCCAGAAAAUGUGAACGUUUGUUGGUGCUGCAUUAUCUGAUAUGUUAUACAGUAACAGCAGCUGUUUUGGUUUUUGACACUUUCUCAAAUAAGGUUUGUGUUUGGUGACAAGAAGCAGUGUUGCAGUGACACUUUCAAGGUCGUGGUGUUAAUGAAUAAUCAACCCGAAUGAACAUGAACAUUGAGGUAGAGAGUCUGAUUUAACAGGUAAAUACCAUCAUCUUUUUUUGGAUCUUUCCAGAUUUUUAUGUCUUUUCUUGCAUUAUUUGCACUUCUACUGCGUGUGUGAAUUCUUGUCAACGCCAUUUUCUAUACACUUUGGAUUCUGACCAACAUUUGUACCUUGAACCAGUGAGGAGGCAGACAUCUAAAUGUUUAUGAUCAAGGGUCAUACCAAGUAGCUGUUACCCUCUGCAGUAAAGUCCAGAAAAAAGUUUGAAAUUCCAGAAUAAUGCAAAAAAUGAAGGUGUACAUACACAUCUGUAUGUAGACGAUAUCCUAUUCUUUAUCUAAGCGAUGUAGUAGUUACAUCAUUUUGUCAAUACUGUAGUCCACCAGCUACAAUCAUCAAAACCAGUUUAAGGAAAUGAAUGUAUUGGAAAAGUAUGAGAUUGUGGAACUAAAUUCAGUAGGAGGAUUUUUUUAUGACCUGAUAAUUAGACUGAAUUUUUACUUGAUGUCCCUCUAGCUAACUUUUGGAUUCAAAUUCUUGACUGUUGGGGAGAGAGAGAGAGAAUCAAAACAAACUCAGUCAGUAACCAGCCAUACUGGUUUUAAAAAAAGCAUCUCAUAACCUUGGUCCAGCGGGGCAUGGAAGAAGUGCUGUGUGGAUUUCAACAACAAUGGCCACAAAGGCAAGACAUAAACACAAGGCCUGAAGAUGGUGGGGGUGGGGUGUGUAGUACAGCAGGGAGACAAUACUUCUGGACAGUUCUUUACUUGAUUUGUCUGAAUUUGUGCUAAAUCCUAGUGAAUGCAGCUUUAAAAGCUGUGAAAUGUGGGCAGUGUUUGAGGUCUGGAACCAGAUUAACAGAACCACCUGUAUGGCAGGGUGACGGGGAAUGUAUCAUCAACAACCAAUCAUAUUACCCUGUUUGUCCAAGUCUGUUCCUACAAACACCACAGUAUUUUUAGAAACGUUAGCUGCCUCGUGACCUUAAGUCUAUGGACCAAAUUGACAUACAAAAAAAGUGUGAUACUUUGCUCACUGGCACUUCAGCAGCAUUUGCAUAAGUUAGUCUUCCUAUGAUGCCUUACAACUGUAUACAUUCAGAAAAAUGAAUGUAGAUGUACGCAUCUCCCUGAGUGUGUGUUUCUGUAACCAAGCAGGUUAUUGGGGAAUGACCUGCUUGGUGCACACAACAAGCCAAAGCCUGUUUCUUCACUGUUUCCCUGUUUACUUGGAUUGAGACGAACACAAUGAGCAACUGUGGCUCUUACUUUCCAGUGUGGUUGGUAGAGAUUGUCUCUAGGGGGGGCUGUGGCUCAGGAGGUAGAGCAGGUCACCUGCUCACCAGAAGGUUGACUGGUCCGAUUCCUUUCUCCAGUCCACAUGUUGAGGUGUCCUUGGACAAGACACUGAACCCCCAGUAGCAGUGUGAGUGCGAAUGGAUGAAUGGGCAAACAAUGUGCUGCAAUGCAUAGAAAGGCAUUAUACAAGUAAAAGACCAUUUACCAUCUCUGAUGCUGAUGCUAUGAGAAUACUGAGGCCUCUGCAGCACAAAUGCCACUUCACUGGUCAUCCAGUAACUGAAGUUUACAGUCGAUAUCUGUCUGUUUUCAGUGCAAUUGUUCUGCCUGUUGUGGAUGAAAGACAGUGGAUGGGGGAUAUGUAUGGGUUUGUUCUUACUUGUUAAUAAAAAAAGACAAAUGG